UGUUGCAAAAAGUUGUGUACUUAAGUGCAAUUUCAUAAAUCAAGAGGGAGUUCUACAGAAACUUAAGUGUUAACUAAUCUCUCACGUCACACACAACUAUUUAGGGUUCAUUGAAAUUUGAAAUAUAAGGAAUAUAAUAAAACAGAACUCUUUUUGUUAUAAUUGAAUCCUAAAUAGUUACUACAUAUUUUUGUUGAUAAUAAAUCAAUAAGUGAAAAAAAAAAAAUGGACAAGAGUAUGAUGGGUGAUUUGAAUUCUCUUAAUCAAGCUGACCAACAAAGAAUGGCUGCUAUGAUUGACCAACUCCAAAUCCGUGACAGCUUGAGGAUGUAUAAUAACCUGGUGGAGAGAUGUUUCACAGACUGUGUAGAUAAUUUCAAACGUAAAACUUUAGACAAACAAGAAGAAACCUGUGUUACGCGAUGUGCUGAGAAGUUCAUGAAGCAUUCAAUGCGUGUUGGUUUGAGGUUCGCGGAGCUUAACCAAGGUGCAGCCACACAAGAUUAAGCGGAUUCUAUUUUAUAUGCAUGCAAUCCAACUUUUCCAUUACCAGAAAUAUUUGUUUUUCUUGUAAGAGUUUCUUCACAAGGAAAAGGAGCAGAAGUUGCUAACAUAGCCUUAUAUUUUUUGCUAGCAAGAUGUAUUAUUGCUGAAAUGUUCUUUUUGCUUCUCAAGUCUAGGCUUAUCUGGUGUCGGAAUGAAUUUUUAGUAAACUUGAAUUUAUACUUGUGACUAUUUUGAAGGGCACUUGCCGUUAGAAUUCCAUUUCUUUUCUGACAA